UUGUGUGAUAUUGAAACAAACAUGAAUUCUAAAAACGUUUGCUACAUAUGGGACGAAAAUUUAAUCCAAGAAUGUGAUCGCCUUCCAGCUGUACCCGGUCGUGCUUCUAUGGUACACAGCUUGAUUACAGCAUAUGGCCUACUACAGCAACUUAAAGUGGUCCGAUCAAAACCAGCCGUUGAUGGAGACUUAAAGAGAUUUCAUUCCGAUUUAUAUUUAAACCAUUUAAAGACCUUCACAGAAAUAGAUGACGAAUACAUGACGACUAAUGAGGAUGAAGAGUUAGGCAUUGGAUAUGACUGUCCACCAGUGUCAAAAAUGACUGAAUUGGUGUCAAUCCUGGCUGGAGGAACCAUCACAGCGGCCCGUUGCCUCACUUUAGGUUUAACAAAAACUGUCUUCAACUGGUGUGGAGGAUGGCAUCAUGCCAAUAGACAUGGCGCUGAAGGGUUCUGCUAUGUGAAUGACAUAGUACUUGGUAUAGAAUAUCUCAGAGAAAAGUUCCCUAAAGUCCUGUACAUAGACUUAGAUGUACAUCAUGGUAAUGGUGUCCAAGACGCGUACAACCUAAGCAAGUCGGUGUUCACACUGUCCAUCCACAAGUUUGAGCCUGGGUUCUACCCGGGGACAGGAGAUAUUGAUGACAUUGGGAACCUGGCAGGCAAGGGGUACGCUUGCAAUGUGCCUCUACACGCCUUCUAUUCUGAUGACACUUUAGAAUAUGUGUUUGGAAAGGUAUUUGCAUCAAUACUCGACAUUUUCCUUCCGGACGCUAUAGUGGUGCAAUGCGGCGCAGACGCGCUAGCGCUGGAUCCACACGGCGGCGCGUGCGUCACCGCGCGCGGGUACUGUAAAUGCGUGAACACUGUCUUAGAAGCCGGGAGGCCUACCAUGCUACUUGGUGGAGGUGGCUACAAUCACGCUAACGCCGCUCGCUUGUGGACGAGUCUCACGGCCUUAGUGACUGGAGUAUCACUUGACGAGAAUAUUCCGGAACAUACGUACUGGCCGCAAUACGGGCCUGACUACACCCUGGCCAUACAACCAACGCUAUCUAGAGACGCCAAUAAAACUACUUACUUGGACGAAUGUGUUGCGAGGAUACAGAGUAAUUUAAACGCACAUUUACAAAAAGAAAAGUGUGUCUCAAAGGAAGCAUCACAUGACAAACUCUCGGAAAACGGCUUAGUAGUCAAGCAAAAUCGGAGAAUAAUCGAAAAAACGAGUGAAACAAAAUUAGAUGCUGAGGAAAAGACAACUGACGACGUCUAUGCGUUUACGGAAAUAUUAAAAUAUUAG